GUGCAACAAACUAGCAUGUCUAAGAAACUUGUGAUAAAGCUUGAUAUUAGACCAAAGACCCAAGAAAUUCCAUCCAAUCUCUGCAGUUUUGAGUUAUUGGUGAAAAAUACAAAAACUGCUUUACAUUACAGCUUUGAACUUGGCAAGAGAGUAGUGUUUAGGUAUUCCAGUUGGAUCAUUGUCUUUUGUUUAAUAUUUUUCAGGGAUUGGGUGAGUGAAGUGGAAAGGAUAUUCGUCAGAAGUACAAAACGCAAAGUAUCUGGAGGAGAUUUUGCUGGAUCGUCAUCCCCACUAAUAACUGAAUCUGCACCAAACUCUCCUGCUUCUACCCACUAUGGGGAUGAUCCUGAACAUGAACGAUCAUAUAGAUCAUGGAAAAAACCCAUCAUGAUUUUGUGGAAUGAAAUUGCUGCACACAAGUUUGCGUCCUUAUUUUUACGACCCAUUACUGAUGAUCAGGCUCCAGGAUAUCACUCAGUGGUGUACAGGCCAAUGGAUCUUCAAACAAUCAAGAGGAACAUAGAAAGUGGAGUAAUAAGAAAUACAGCUGAAUUUCAACGUGACAUGAUGCUGAUGUUCCUGAAUGCAAAAAUGUACAACACCAGUGACCAUAACGUCUAUCAUAUGGCUCACCAGAUGAUGAAAGAUACCGUUAGCACCAUUGAGGAAUUCUUGAAUACACAAAUGCUGGCACGAGCAGAAGAGACCCCUCAGAAAUCCCUACGGCGGGAAACUCGUGAGUCCUCAGCGAAGAGAAGUGAUGAUGAUCCGAAGAGGAAAUCAAGAGACAGUCUCGAUGAGAAAGGUUUGAAGAAAAGAAGACUGUAAUUUUCUUCUUUUUUGCUCUCGGUGGAUAAUUUGAAUUUUCUUCAUUUUGUAUCAUUAGUGGAUAGGUUCAAGAAGUGCAGUUGGUUAUUCUUCAUCAGGGAAACACUAAAAUUGUCUGUAAUUUUGUAAAAUAAAUAUGUGAAAAGA